GCGACCCCUUUGCCAUGGUGCGGUCUUAGUCCUGCAGAACUCCUGAUGGGGCGACGUAUACGAACAGAUGUUCCACAGAUGAGAAAACUGCUCAUUCCUGACUGGCCCCAUACGAGGGAUUUCAAAACGCUGAACGAGAAGUACAAGGAAGGACAGAAACGCCAUUAUGACCAACGUCACCGAGCCAGACUUCUACCGGAGCUACCAGAGGACACCCCGGUCUGGGUACACACCCAAGGGAAACAAGUAGCCGGGAAGAUUGUACGACAAGCCGACACUCCCAGGUCAUAUCUCGUUAAUACACCAGGCAGAGAUCUACGGAGAAACCGGAGUCACUUGACUAUCAGAAACGACAACACCGUACCAGACGAUCCUGAGAAGCAGCCUGAUACUCAACACGGACUAGUCACUCGCUCUCAAGCGGGCCACACCAUUCGACCUCCUAACCGGCUGGACUUAUAGUUUGUAGCUGCUGGCGGACACUAUAUCCCUAGGAAGGGAGAUGUAGAGUAAUGACAUUAGUAUUAGUUGUGUGCGCGCGCUAGUAGAAUAGUCUAGAAGUAAGGGACGCAUGCGUACUGCAGUCGUUGAGUUAUUACAGAGUCUGUUGAGUUUGUUGAA